AUGUCCAAGACCGAAGCGUUGACCCAGGUGCUUGCUGACCCGAGGCGCACUUUGCGUGCGGAUCAAAGAGGAGACGGAGAUCAUAGAAGGCGAGGUGGUGGAGAUCUAAAUACGCCACGCCAGCAGUCCGUCGCUCGUCUCAUCCUCCUCAUCAUCCCCCUUCCCUCUUUCCUCUCUCAUCCCCCUUCCCUCUUUCCUCUCGCAUCCCCCUUCCCUCUUUCCUCUUUCAUCCCCCUUCCCUCUUUCCUCUCUCAUCCCCCUUCCCUCUUUCCUCUCGCAUCCCCCUUCCCUCUUUCCUCUCGCAUCCCCCUUCCCUCUUUCCUCUCUCAUCCCCCUUCCCUCUUUCCUCUCGCAUCCCCCUUCCCUCUUUCCCUUCUCAUCCCCCUUCCCUCUUUCCUCUCUCAUCCCCCUUCCCUCUUUCCUCUCUCAUCCCCCUUCCCUCUUUCCCUUCUCAUCCCCCUUCCCUCUUUCCUCUCUCAUCCCCCUUCCCUCUUUCCUCUCUCAUCCCCCUUCCCUCUUUCCCUUCUCAUCCCCCUUCCCUCUUUCCUCCGCUUUGCCAGGGGUGUCGCAAGGAAACCGAAAUAG